AUGGAGGAGGGGUGGGUGCUGGAGCUGCUCUCGAUCCGGGAGCGCAUCGAGCGCGAGGAGAAGACGAUCGAAGAGCUGAGGCGGCGGAGGCAGAUGCGCGAAGCCGCCGACGCCGCCAAGAAGUCGACGUUCGAUGCGCAGACGAGCACGGAUAAGGAUACGUCGGGGGCCUCGUUGUCGAUUCGGGACAUUGGCAUAUCGUUACGUUCUCCGCAGAAGGGCUAUGCGGCCAUUGGGCACACGACAACCAUCGGGUUGGAUAGGAGCCAACCACCGCUGCCGACUACGCGUCCGCCCCCCACUCCGCCAAAGCCCCCCAGCCUCGAUGAGACUUCCCGUUCCCCGUCCACCAUCCAAAUCAACACGUUCGGCGAGGGACAAACCCGGAGGUCCGUGACAAACCUGGCAGCUGUAAGGGACGGCCAUCAGGGAAGUGCCUCCGAACUGUUUCAUCGACCAGAAUCAUCCAUUUCUACAUCCACCACAAAGACACAACCAGCACAUCGAAGGCUGUUGAGUGUUAUACCGGAUGAGGUGGAUCGUUCGGUCGGCUCUUCCACCCUUCUCGAUAAUGACUACAUGGGCCAUGCCUCAUCUACCGCCUCAACCUAUGCCCGGGAUGCAGAAGUUCGGUUGAACCUGUUCAUGAACGACCCCGGCAAAGAGUCGGAGACUACUGUA